AUGUGGUACAUUGUUUUGUUAUUGUUUGGUCUUCCUGUUUAUGCAGAUGGCAGCCUUAUGGAUCAAAUGUCAGAAACGAUGGAACUUUGCUGUAAUCAAGGCACAGCUUUCGCUCGUAAUCACACGUCUGAUGAUUGUUCUUCAUCAGUGCCUCCUGAUGUGCCUUCAACCUUUGCCUCCAUGUGCGUCUUCGCAAUGGACCAGUGCUGUAAAGAGUUCGUUAAAAAGAAAGCUGACUGCGAAUAUGGGAUUGAAAUAGCGACGAGUGCAAAAACUUGUGCUUCAACGAAAGAAUCUGUAAAGAAAUGUUGUGAUCAAUGCAAAUCUGGAACAAAAGUGGCUAAGGCAAAUGGGAUCAAUUCCUGUGCAGUCUCCGUAGAGGGGAAAAGUGAUGAGCAGCUGCUCGCUAGUGACGCUUUCUCUCAGUGCUGCAAGAGUGCAGCAAGAGACGCUAGCAGUACUUCCAGAUCAAAACCAAAUCCAGCGCCAGUAUCAAAUCCUCCUGAUAAAGUUCUAUCAUCACUGCCUUCAGUGUGUGAAGAUUACGCACCAAAUGAACUUUGCGCACAUCACUGUAUUCCGAUACCAGGCUCAUACAAAUGCGAGUGCAAUCCAGGUUUUAUGCUUAUGCCUGAUGGACGGAAUUGUAAAGAGGUAACUAAAAACAGAUGCAAACCUCAUAACCCCUGUCAGCACAAAUGCAAUGAUAAUGGAGUAGAAGUUAAGUGCUCCUGUAGACGAGGAUAUCAGCUCAUGUCAGAUGGGAAAUCUUGUGAAGAUAUCGACGAAUGCAUCUUAGAUCCACCUGUAUGCUUGCCGAAUACUCAAUGUCAUAACAUCCAAGGAUCAUACAAAUGUAUUCCAAUAAAACAUCCAAAGAAUAACUUAGAAAAAGGACAAUGUCCUCCAGGAUUUGCUAAGAACCUUUUAAACAAUGCGUGUGACGAUAUAAAUGAGUGCAAGCUACCUAAACCGCCUUGCCCGAGCUAUUUAUGUGAGAAUACAAUGGGAGCAUACAAGUGUGGCGGAGUAUCUGGUGAUCCAGCCAAUUUUGGUAAUAAGCCCAAACCUGUAGAAGAUCGAUGCCCACCGGGCUUUAGGAAUGGCAUUAAUGAAGAAUGUGAAGAUGUAGAUGAGUGUCUCUUAGGCCACGAUGAUUGCAAUAAACAAUCUCAAUUUUGUAUUAACACUCGAGGAUCGUUCCAUUGUCAAGAUAAAGGAUCUAAGCACUGUCCACCUGGAUUUAAAACUAAUGCACUAACUAAUAAGUGUGAAGAUAUUGAUGAAUGUGAAGAUGGCCAAGAUAUAUGCAGACCAGAUCAAAUCUGUGUCAACGUGCUUGGUGAAUAUGAUUGCAAACCAAAAUUGGACUUGAGGAAAUCAAAUACGAAAUGUCCUGAUGGAAUGAGAUUGAAUCCCGAUACAAAAAUAUGUGAUGAUAUCGAUGAGUGUGUGGAGGGAACUCAUCUAUGCGAUCCUUAUCAAAACUGCUUGAAUACUAAUGGAAGUCAUGAAUGUCACUGCAAGCUCGGCUUCGAAUUGGACUCAACUAUUGGGGCUUGUGUUGACAUAAAUGAGUGUGCAACAGAACAAAAUAACUGUAUUCCUGAAUCACAGCGAUGUGACAAUACAGUUGGCUCGUUUCUUUGCAUUCGAUUACUGUCAUGCGGUACUGGAUACAUCAUACAUCAUUCUUCUAGCACUUGUGAAGAUAUCGACGAAUGUACUCUUGGAACGCAUAAUUGUGAUAGAGCUGGACCUCAGUAUCAAUGUGUUAACAUACCAGGUUCGUUUCGCUGUCAGAAACGCGUCACUACCACACCCGUACCUGAGUAUGAAUACGAAUAUUAUGACUCAGAGGAAGAAAUUGAAGUAUCUCCAAAUACAACUGUAAGUGACGUUAUUACCACUACAAUACCUACAUCUACUGCAAUAUUACCAGCAUUGCCCGAUGAACGAAAAGUCGGAUCAGAGGAAAAGGACAUAAAUAAUCCUGCUAUACCUGGGCUAGUAGAAAAAACAGAAAAUACACUAGAUAAUGAUAUAAUUACGAAUGCUAUUGACGUAUCAGAGCAACCUGAACCUGCUUUUAGAGAACUCAAUAGAUCAAAUGAAUUCAUACCCAUUGAGCCAACGGUAUCUAAGCCAGAAAAAACAAAACCAUACGAUUUUGGACCUAGAUUUGAACCUACUGAAUCUACUAAAACUCAGCCUACAGAAAAAGAAAACACCCGUGUUGUUAGUGAAGUUACAAAUGUUCCCGAAGUAGUGACUUCACCAAAAUUGGUAAUAUUAAAUGCAGGUGAAGAAACUGCCACUGUGAAAGGAAAAAAACUUGACGACGGUUCAGUUGUUGUAGAUACAAAGGAAAUGCCAAAGAAUGAAUGGACUAUAAUUAAUGAAAAACCAACAGAGUGUCAACCUGGAUUUGAAAUAGACUCAUUUGGCUUUUGUUUUGAUAUCGAUGAAUGUGCUACAAAUCGUCAUAGUUGUUCUGGUUUAACUGAAAUAUGUCGGAAUACAAUGGGCGGAUAUCUUUGUGACUGCGCAUAUGGUUUUCGAAGAGUUCUGGCUACCGGAGCUUGUACACUGAUUACUACUUCUUCAACUACUUCAACAUCUACAACCACUACACCUAGUACAACUACGAGCACUACAAGUACCACCACCACCACUCCAGCGCCUACUACAUCCAGUACACAAAACUAUUACUGGGGUUAUCCAGACCAACGAAUCACUUCAAGACCAUUCAAACCAAGAAGUAACUGCGAUGUCGGUUACUAUAUGAAUUCGAAGACUGGAAAAUGUGAAGAUAUCAAUGAAUGUACAAAUGGUCAGGCUACCUGUGCGUCAGUAGAAAUUUGCGUUAACACAGAAGGUGGUUACCGUUGCGAAUGUUCGCCAAAUUGGACUUUUGAUCCGCAUCGGAACCGUUGUGUCCAAGUAUGGGGAGCGGGCAAGUUCCCUCCGGGAUAUGGUAAUAUACCAGCAUAUACCCCGAUAGACCCCAACACUAUAAUACCUGGCACCAAAGGAGGUAAAACAAUAACAGAACCAGAAAUUACUCAAAUUGAAGAUAGAGGAUCAGUGUACAAAUGUCCAUGGGGAACCAGAUUAAGCGAUGACAAGAUUUGCGAAGAUGUCGACGAAUGUGCCACAGGUGAGGCCCUAUGUGGUCCUUUGCAAGUGUGUACAAAUCUACCAGGCGGAUACACUUGCAGUUGUCCCGCUGGACAUAAAUUAGUUGGUGAUCAUGUUUGUGAAGAUGUUGAUGAGUGUGCCUUGGGUGGAAGCAUACCAAUAUGUUCACAAAAUGCUGACUGCAUCAAUACGGUAGGAUCCUAUCAGUGUAGAUGUCAUCAAGGGUUCAAAACUGCUCCAGUUAAUGACAAGGUAUGCGUGGACGUAGAUGAAUGCACAGAUUCACGGCCCGGUACACUCUGCCAGCAUCGUUGCAACAACGUGUGGGGCGGCUAUAGGUGUUCCUGCCACAGAGGCUACAGAUUAAACCUGACUGAUAAUCGCACCUGUACGGAUGUAGACGAAUGCACAGAGUUCAAGCACAAGAACUUAUGUAUUGGACGUUGUCUUAACGAGCCCGGCAGCUACCGGUGUUCCUGCCCCUCUGGGUACAGGCUAUCUGAAGAUAAAAGAAGUUGUAUUGAUAUUGACGAAUGUGAAACCGGUGAAGCUCCUUGUGCCACUGGUGGUCAAUACGGGGGUUCUAGUGUAGUCUGUCUGAAUACUCGAGGAGGAUAUCGAUGUCAGAGAAUCACGUGUCCGCCAGGAUACAAACUUGAGAGUAGACAUCGUUGCACUAAAAUUCAAACCUACUGCCCACCAGCAGACUGGGCAUGUUCCCAUCAGCCCAGCACGUACUCAUACAACUACAUCACGUUUGUCUCCAAUUUGUAUAUUCCCGAAUCUAAGGUGGACCUUUUCACAAUGAAAGGGCCAUCGUGGCCGUAUGCCAAGAUGAAAUUUGAAUUACGUGUUGUGGACGUGGACGCUCCUCCUUCAGUUAAAGAAAAGGCUGAUAUAAAUGCUUUCUUGUUGAUUCAAACCGGAAAUCAAGCAGUUAUGUCACUUGUGAGACCACUGGAAGGCCCACAGAGUAUAGAACUCGAAUUAUCGAUGGAACUUUACAGCAGAGGACAGUUCGGAGGAAUUGCUGUUGCAAAAUUAUAUAUUUAUGUGUCUGAAUAUGAGUUC